UACGCUGCCAUUGCACACCCGCCACAGCGCACAUACCCCCUCAGGAAUGGCGCCGGUGAAGGUGUUCGGGUCGGCCGCGUUCACGAACGUGGCGCGCGUGCUGGUGUGCCUGGAGGAGGUUGGUGCAGACUACGAGGUUGUGGACAUCGAUUUCGCGGCCAAGGAACACAAGAAUCCCGAGCACCUCGCCCGAAACCCAUUUGGUGAAAUCCCAGCUUUUCAAGAUGGAGACCUUGUGCUCUUUGAGUCCCGUGCCAUCGCCAAGUACAUACUCCGGAAAUACAGGACGGACGAAGCCGACAUGCUGAGAGAAAGCGACCCGGAAGAAGCAGCAACGGUGGACGUGUGGGCGGAGGUCGAGGCGCACCAGUACAGCAAGGCGGUUGCGCCGAUCGUGUACGAGUGCAUCGUGUAUCCCACGGCCUACGGCGUGAAGACGGACCAGAAGGUCGUGGACGAGAGCAUGGAGAAGCUCAAGAAGGUGCUUGAGAUCUACGAGGGCCGCUUAUCGAAGCACGAGUACCUGGCUGGAAGCUUCAUCAGCGUCGCGGACCUCAACCAUUUCCCCUUCACGUUGCGCUUCAUGGAAACCCCCUACGCGUCCUUGUUUGACUCGUUCCCUUGCGUGAAAGCGUGGUGGGAGAAGCUCAUGCUGAGGCCUUCGAUGAAGAAGCUCGGCGCCGACAUGCAGAAAAGGGUCUGAUCGCAUGGGGUCGGGGCAUGUUUGGCACGCCCGCACCGCGCACGUGUGUGCCCCUUGUUUCGUGAUCCGAACGCUGGUGGAUGAUGUUGUAACCACGAUCGGAUAAUAAAGGUUUUGUAAUACUCGCUUCGUUUAAAAAUAAGUGUAUCAAUUUUA